UAUUCCUCUGACUGCCGUUUAGGUCGGACGUGCAGCUGAGUGUUAUUUAGAUCGUGUUUAUUUCCGUAUCUUAUAUUAUAUAACGUUAGUUGUGCAGUUUGUUCUGUGGGCUGUUUUCUGGAAUGUAAACAUAAAAAGAAUGUGUACGCAGAUAUGUGAAGACAAUGAACCUAAAUAGGGCGGUAUAGAGUGAGUAAUGAUACAGUAUGACCAGGUGGCUGGCGAUGGUGACGCUGGUAGCGGUGGCGGGGGCAGUGCGGGGGUGGGAUUGCGUCUGCAAUCCAAUAGAGUGCGAGCCUUUGGAACCAAGUGGUUGCCCAGGCUUAGGAAUCAUCGUGUGGGAUCCUUGCAGGUGCUGUAAGGUCUGUGCGCGAACGGUUGGUGAAGACUGCGGUGAUUUCAGGGGGACGUGUGAACCUGGUCUAAAAUGUUAUGAAGGGUCAUGUGCACCGAUAACGUGAACUAUCAGAAUGUAGGCAAUCUGUAUCAUAUGUGUAUAGCAGUUAUAAAAAAACAUAUCUUCAAUGUAGCCAAGGAAAGGACCAGCCAGUUAAAAGGAUAGAUUCUAGGGUUGACAAUAAUUAAUGUUAUUGUUUGGCUAGCGUUUGAACUUUGGCGGUUAAAAAAAAGAGUUUUUUUUUAUUUUUUUUUUGGUUUUAUUUUUCUUUCGAUAUAGCUUUUUUACGUAACAAUUGAUUAACCUAAUAAAUUCGUUUUUAUUUUAUAUUUACAGAUUUGCUGUGAUUAUAAAUAAAUUAUUUUAUUAUUGCUUAACUGAAUAUACUUGGGGAUUAACGUAUAUUUAUUAUAAAAAAAUAUUUUAAGAACAUUAUAAAUAUAUGACCUUAAAUAAAAAUAUAAUAAAACUUUGUAGCAAAUCUCAAUUUGCUUGGAAGAUAAUUAAUUUUCAUUGUUUGCCCACCGAUCAAACAAAUUUUUAUAUUAAAAUAUCAGGUAAUAUACUUUAAGUCAUAAUUGAAUCCACAACAUAAUUAGUUUCUCUGAAUUAAGGACAAUUAACAAUUUAAUUAAGAGCUCUUUUCAAAAUAUAUAUAUAAAUUAAUCUUUGCUUUAAUAAUACAAUAUUCAUUUGAAUAUGUUCAACAGUUUAAUAUGAAACAAUGCGAAAGUAGAUUAUAUUGACCCUAGAACAUCCUUUAGUAUAUGAGAAAUAUUAAUAAUUAAAUGUAUUUCUUCCGCUACCGCUUUCUUUGAACAUAUAUAAAAACAUAGAUACAUAUAUAUACAUAUAUAUAUAUAGACACCCGUGUAUAAAAUGUACUCGUAAUAUAUAUGUAUAAUUAUUUCUGUGUGCUUCCAGGUUACGAGUAGACUUAAUUACUGUUUACUCUAAAACUAAAUGAAAUGUAAACAAUAUAAUAUCUAGGUCUGUAAAUAUAAUUUGAAUAGCAUUUUUAUCUUGUGAUAAGAUGUAUUCUAGAUAUUUAACUAUAUAGGAAUAUAUUUUAAUAAGGAAUAUUUAUUUAUUUAUUUUAUGAACAUUUUUUUUUAAUUUCUUUAAUUGUAUAUUUAAUCGAAAUUAUUUAGUUUUUAAUCGGAACGAUCAUUAAUAUUAACAUACUUCUCCAUAAUCACAGGAUAUAUUUUGUAUUACCGUAAUAAAAUACGUAAGAUUGAACAAAAGAUACAAUGAAUAAAACAAUUUGUUUAAACGAAUGUUAUGAAGCUUAUAUAUUGUUCUGUUAAUUUUAAUUAACUAUAUAUAUAUAUAUAAAUGUUGCAGAUUAUGUAAACUUAAAUAUUGAAAAUUCCUAAAAAACUUAUACCAACUGUAAAUGAAUAGCGUAUUUAAAGCUACUUGUUAAUUGUGCACACAUUGAUUAAAUAAGUUAAUAGAUAA